AUGGCGGACUUCGUCCACACACUGACGAUAGAGGCAUGGACUCUAUACUCUGUUGGAGUGAUACUCAUUACAGCACGACUUUUCUCGAGACGGCUAAAACUGGGCUCUUGGAGGUUGCAGAUUGAGGACUAUCUCAUGGUCUUUGCAGGAGUCAACUUCACAGGGGUUGUCGUCUCUGUCCUUGAGGUUGCCAAAAAUGGCAGCAAUUACAUGUCGCUCGAGACCGCUCUCUCCCUCGACGCGGACGGUGUUGCUCGGGCUGUCUACGGCAGCAAAAUGACGAUGGUCCUCGAAGUCUUUACUCUUACGUGCCUUUGGACGAUCAAGGCCUGCCUCUUGUUCCUCUACCACAGACUUACAGAAACAUUUCGCAAACAACAGCUGGCGGUCAAGAUCAUUGCUUGUUAUUGCGCUAUCGGCUAUACACUCGUCUUGGCCCUUUACUUUGGGUACUGGUGCACUCCAAUCUACGAGUACUGGGCCGUUCCAGUCAGGAUAUGUAUGUCCGCGCAAUGCGCAACAUAUUAUCACCACAUGAUGCACGCCACAGCGUGGAACAUCUCGUCGGAUCUAAUGUUGUUGGGCGUUCCGAUUCCAGUCAUUAUCAGGUCGCAACUACCAUUGAAACGGAAAAUCAUUCUUUGUGCUGUGCUCGGCCUCGGUGUCCUCAAUAUAAUCAUUGCUGUUCUCAACCGAUAUUACAACUUCAACAACCCUGACGACCUCGGCUACGUGUACUUUUACGUUGCCGAAGUCGCGACGGCUGUUUUCGUCGGCAAUAUUCCGCUCUGCUGGCCCCUGUUCCGCCGCAUUGUGCGUGGGAGCUCCUGGAGCCGAGAUGCUUCUUCGGGCAAGACGGAUGAUCCAAACAAGCCACGGACAAGGACUGUCAGGACAGUAGGCAGUCGGUUUAGCAGGAAGCGGCCCUCGGUACACACGUCGCUGUGGACCAUCACACGUGGCGGCAGCACGCAGUGGGACAAGAUGGACGACGGGGAGGGGAAUGAGGCGAGCAAGGAGCGUGCUUAUCGGAACGAACUUGGGGUGGUGGUCGAAGAUCAGAGCAGCACCAUCGAGCUGACGCCAGGGUGGCAUCAGGAGGCUAACCACACGUCGAUCCACGCUUCCCGGACCAGGAGCUCGGAGAGCGAUUCGGCCGAGGAGAGAACGGACAAGGGACAGGUCAACAUCAUCAAGACCGUCGAAAUAUCGACAGCCAGCGAGACCCAACGCUAUUCACAUGGUCACCAGGGCUCUCAUGCGCUGUAA